AUGCCUUCUCCAUCUUUCACCCUCGAUGCUCAGCUGAGAUUCCAUGACAAAUGGCUGAAGAUAGACCUGCAGCGGGCGUUCUCUCCGGAGGGUCUGAGUGAGAUGUGGAAUGAAAUGGUGAAAGACGAGGAGAUAACGUUCAGCGGAGAAGAGUCCGCUCACACAGAGGAUUGCACAGGACUGGACUGCUUUGGAACUCAGAAAAAAGAUGAACCCAACGACAAAGAGAAGAAAGAGGAGGAGGAGACGUCUACCUCCGUGCAUCACUCCAUCAUCGAGACCUGGGACUGGGGCCGGCAGCCAAGUGAGACGGAGCUGAAGGACUGUCUGCUGGUGCUGGUGGACGAUCAGCAGAAGCUCUCGGCUCAGAUGGCUAAGAGCACUCUGUCUGCUCAGCGGCUCCGGCAGCGACUCGUCAUCCUGGAGCGAUACCUCAUCUCUCUGAGCCACAGCAUGAUGGAGGAGAAGUACAAGGUCCGCUGGAAGGGGCCGCCCAGCCCCCCCCUGGCCGCCGCCGACAAUAAAAGCACUCGUCCUGCCAGUAAAGGAGUUGAAGGUUUGGCCAGAGUUGGCUCCAGAGCCGCUCUCUCCUUCGCCUUCGCUUUCCUGCGCCGCGCCUGGAGGUCAGGGGACGAUGCAGACCUCUGCAGUGAGCUGCUGCAGGAGUCUCUGGACGCCCUGCGAGCGCUGCCUGAAGCCACGCUGUUCGACGAGGGGACCGUAUCAUCCGUGUGGCUGGAAGUCGUCGAGAGGGCCACCAAAUUCCUCAGUGACGUACAUGGGAGUGCCAGCACCAAAGGCAACAUUCCUCUGCAGGAUCAGCACCUGGCGCUGGCCAUCCUGCUGGAGCUGGCUGUGCAGAGGGGCACCCUGAGUCAGCUGCUGUCUGCUGUUCUGCUGCUGCUGCGCCUGUGGGAAAGCGGCACCAGAGAGAUGGAUAACGAGCGCUCCACCCAGGGAACCAGCGCCCCCCUGCUGCCCCUCCUGCAGCGCCUUCACAACAUCCACAGCAGCAAGGAGGAGCCCGUCGCUGAAGAGGAGGCUGAGAUCCUCACAGUGCAGAUGAGUCCUAACGAGAGCUUCCUGCGCUACCUGACGCUGCCUCAGGACAACGACCUGGCCAUCGACCUGCGGCAGACGGCCGUGGUGAUCAUGGCUCACCUGGACCGCCUGGCUUCUCCCUGCUGCCCCCCCCACUGCAACUCCCCCACAUCACACAAGGGAACUCUGCAGGAGGUGAUCGCCUGGGGCCUUCUGGGCUGGAAGCUUCACGCUAACAUUAACGGGCCGAUCCAGUGCAAAGCCCUGUCCAGCGUCGGGGUGGCUCAGAUCGUGUGUUCGGAGAAGGGCUUCCUCAUCCUGUCCAGCAGCGGUGCCGUUUACAACCAAAACUACAAGAGCACAACCCUGGCUCCGAUGCUGAUCCACGGUCUGAUCUCCAGGAAGAUUGUGAAGCUGGCGGCUCAUCCUGACGGGCAGCACUACCUCGCCCUGUCCUCCAACGGGGAGGUAUUCUCCUGGGGCUGCGGGGACGGAGGCCGCCUGGGACACGGAGACACAACGUAUCUAGAGGAGCCGACCAUGAUUGCAGCCUUCAAUGGGAAGCAGGCAGGGAAGCAUGUGGUGCACAUAGCGUGUGGCAGCACUUACAGCGCUGUGAUCACUGCUGAUGGAGAGCUGUACACCUGGGGCAGAGGGAACUACGGCCGGCUGGGCCACGGCUCCAGUGAGGACCAGACCACCCCGAUGCUGGUGACGGCGCUGAAGGGGCUGAAGGUGAUGGACGUGGCCUGUGGGAGCGGGGAUGCACAAACACUCGCUGUGACAGAAAACGGUCAGGUCUGGUCCUGGGGGGACGGGGACUACGGUAAACUGGGCCGGGGGGGCAGCGACGGCUGUAAGACCCCCAAGCUGGUGGAGAAGCUGCAGGACCUGGACAUCGUGAAGGUGUGCUGCGGCAGCCAGUUCUCCGUGGCCCUCACCAAAGACGGACAGGUGUACACCUGGGGGAAGGGGGACAACCAGCGGCUCGGACACGGCACCGACGAGCACGUUCGAUACCCCAAGUUCCUCGACAGCCUGCAGGGUAAGAAGGUGGUGGAUGUGGCGGUGGGCUCCACACACUGCCUCGCCCUCACAGAGGACGGAGAGGUGCACAGCUGGGGCAGCAACGAUAAACUCCAACACUUCGACACUUUGUUCUCCAACAAGAAGCAACCAAAGGCUCUCCCAGGACUCAACUCCAAACACAUCGUGGGAAUCUCCUGCGGCCCAGGACAGAGCUUCGCCUGGUCCUCGUGCUCGGAGUGGUCCGUUGGGCAGCGUGUUCCCUUCGUGGUGGACGUCUGCCCGAUGACCUUUGAGCAGCUGGACCUGCUGCUGCGCCAGGUGAGCGAGGGGAUGGACGGCAGCUCCGACUGGCCCCCCCCACAGGAGAAGGAGUGCAUGGUGGUCGCUACGCUCAACCUGCUCCGGCUGCAGCUGCACGCAGCCAUCAGUAACCAGGUGGAUCCGGAGGAGCUGGGUCUCGGGCUCGGCAGCGUUCUGCUCAACAACCUCAAGCAGACGGUGGUGGUGUUAGCCAGCAACGCGGGGGUGUUGAACUCUGUGCAGGCGGCUGCUCAGGCCGUGCUGCAGAGCGGCUGGUCGGUGCUGCUGCCCACUGCGGAGGAGAGAGCCAGAGCGCUGUCCUCACUGCUGCCCAACGCCGUGUCUGGGAACGAGAUGAGUGUGAGUCCUGGCCGCCGCUUCAUGAUCGACCUGCUGGUCAGCAGCUUGAUGGCUGACGGAGGCUUGGAGUCUGCACUGAACGCUGCCAUCACUGCAGAGAUACAGGACAUUGAGGCCAAGAAGGAGGCUCAGAAGGAGAAGGAGAUCGAUGAGCAGGAGGCCAACGCGUCCACCAUGCAGCGGUGCCGCGCCAUGCUGGACAAAGACCUCAUCAACACGGGCAUCUACGAGUCCGCGGGGAAGCAGAGCCUGCCGCUGGUGCAGCUGGUGCAGCAGCUUCUGAGGAACAUCGCCUCUCAGACCAUCGCCAGGCUGAAGGACGUCGCUCGGCGGAUCUCUAACUACCUGGAGGCGGAGCAGGUGAGUAAGGAGCGCUCCGCCUCUCUGGACCUGCUGCUGCGCUUCCAGAGGCUGCUGGUCAGCAAGCUGUACCUCGGGGUCAACGGCACCGAGAACCUCAACGGAUACAAUCCUGAGCUUCUGGGUGUUGGUUCCUUGUUGAAGAAGUACAUUGCGCUGCUGUGUACUCACAUCGGAGACAUCCUCCCCGUGGCCACCAGUAUCGCCUCCACAGGACGCCGCCACUUUGCUGAAGUCUCUCGAGUUAUUGAAGGAGAUCUAACUGGCGUGCUGCUGCCUGAGCUGGUGGUGUCCAUCGUGCUGCUCCUCACCAUCGAUGCCGGUCUGAUGCAGGAGACCGGAUCCAUCCCUCUGCUGGCCGGACUCCUGGAGCACAUCGACCGCUUCAACCACCUCGCCCCGGGGCACGAGAGGGACGACAACGAGGACCUGGCGUGGCCCGGCAUUAUGGGAUCCUUCUUCACAGGACAGAGCUCCAAAAACAACGAGGAGGUUUCCCUCAUCCGUAAAGCCGACCUGGAGAACCACAACAAAGAUGGAGGCUUCUGGACCGUCAUCGAGGGAAAGGUGUACGACAUCAAAGACUUCCAGGCGCAGUCCCAGUCGCUCGCAGGAAACAGUAUCCUGGCCCAGUUUGCAGGAGAGGACCCGGUGGUCGCCCUGGAGGCGGCGCUGCAGUUUGAAGACACCAGAGAGUCCAUGCAGGCCUUCUGUGUGGGACAGUAUAUGGAGCCUAACCAGGAGACGGUCACCACCCCGGACCUCAGCAGCCUCUCCUCCCCCCUCAUCGACACCGAGAGGAACCUGGGUCUGCUGCUCGGCCUCCACGCCUCCUACCUGGCCAAGAGCACCCCCCUGUCCCCCAUGGAGAUCGAAUGUGCCAAAUGGCUCCAGUCGUCCAUAUUCUCGGGGGGGCUGCAGACCAGUCAGAUCCACUACAACUACAACGAGGAGAAGGAUGAGGACCACUGCAGCUCCCUGGGGACGACCACCCCGGACAAAGCCAAGAUGUACUCCCGCAGAAUCACCCUGAGUGACCACGCUCAGCCCUUCCUGCAGGCCAUCGCUGACAACAACACUCAGGACCACACUGUCAAGGACUUCCUAUGCCAAAUAGAGCGUUGCUGUAAGCAGUACCAUCUCAUCACCCCCAUCACCUUCCCCCCCGAGCACCCUGUCGAGGAGGUGGGCCGCCUGCUGCUCUGCUGCCUGCUCAAACACCAAGACCUCGGUCACAUUGCUCUCUCACUCGUCAGUCAGUGUGCCUUGAGAGUGGACCAGGGGAAGCAGAGGUCCCUCCCCAAAUCUGUGAUCAAUGUCUGCCGCAUGGUCUACCAGGCAAAGUGCUCCUUAAUCAAGACCCAUCAGGAACAAGGUCGCUCCUAUAAGGAGGUGUGCGCCCCCGUCAUCGAGCGCCUGCGCUUCCUGUUCAACGAGCUGCGUCCGGCCGUCAGUAAAGACCUGUCCAUCGUCUCCAAACUGAAGCUGCUGAGCUCGCAGCCGCGCUGGAGGAGGAUCACCCAGAAACUCAUCCGGGACCGCAGGAAAAAGAGAGUGCCUAAAAAGUCAGAGUCUGCUGACAUAGAAGAGCCAAAGCUGGAGAACGAAGGGACCAACGAAGAAGAACUGAACGUCCACAUCAGCCCCACGCCUGCCGACAGGAAGUCGCCCACCAGCAAAACAACCAAGCAGGACAAGUGGCACCCGCUGCUCACCACUGUGGCCAACGCGCAGAAGUACCGGUGGCUGAAGCACAGCGUCCAGGGCAUCUUCUCUCAGUCCAGCCUCAUGGCCACCAUCGUGGAGUUUGCACUAAAAGAGGAGCCGCUGGACGUGGAGAAGAUGAGGAAGUGUCUCCUCAAACAGCUGGAGAGGGCGGAGGUGAGGCUGGAGGGCAUCGACACCAUGCUGAAGUUAGCCUCCAGAGACUUCCUGCUGCCCUCUGUGCAGUACGCCAUGUUCUGCGGCUGGCAGAGGGUCAUACCAGAGGGGACCAACAUUGGAGAGCCGCUGUCUGACUGCCUGAAGGACGUGGAUCUGAUCCCCCCCUUCAACCGCAUGCUUCUGGAGGUCACCUUCGGAAAGCUGUAUUCCUGGGCCAUCCACAACGUCCGCAACGUCCUGCUGGAGGCCGGCGGCCGCUUCAAAGAGCUCGGAGUGCAGCCUGUCCCCCUGCAGACCAUCACCAACGAGAACCCGGCAGGCCCGAGUCUCGGCACCAUUCCUCAGGCCCGCUUCCUCCUGGCUAUGAUCCACAUGCUGUCCCUGAAACACGGCUCCAACAGCCUCAGCCUCUUACUCAACUCUGGCCUACUGGCCCUCACACAGAGCAUACUCCGGCUCAUAGGGCCCAGCACAGACAGCAAUGAGGAGGAUCUGAGUGUUUGUGCUCACGGAGGAUCAGCCACAGUCUUGGAGGAGUCCAGGAAGGAGUUGGCCCCGACCCCCCUCCCUGCCUCGGGCCCUGAGCUGGCUGCCAUGAUGAAGAUUGGCACCAGGGUCAUGAGGGGGGUGGACUGGAAAUGGGGAGAUCAGGACGGUCCGGCUCCAGGUCUGGGUCGGGUCAUCGGGGAGCUCGGAGAGGACGGCUGGAUCCGAGUCCAGUGGGACACGAGCAGCACCAACUCCUACAGGAUGGGCAAAGAGGGCAAAUACGACCUGAAGCUGGCAGAGCCCCCCCCAGCGGCUCAGCCCCCGACGGAGGACUCGGACACAGAGGACGACACAGAAGUGGAGUUGAUGGAGAAGAGCAGCCACCCGACGGCCAUGAUGCUGAACAGCACGGUGAACCUGCUGAAGACCCUCUCUCUGACGGCGGGGAUCCAUGCAGAGGUCCUGCAGAACGACGCCACGCGGACCCUCUGUGGGCUGCUCCGUAUGCUGGUGGAGAGCGGAGCUAACGACAAGUCAGGGUGUCACUCCCACAGGCUGGUGUCCCGGGAGCAGCACCGCAGCUGGUCCACGCUGGGCUUCAUCCGCAGCAUCGCUCUGAUGCCCCAGAUGUGCAGCACGCUCAGCACCUCUGCCUGGAUCGGCCUGCUCAUCCGCAUCGUGGAGGGACACCAGUCCUUCAACGGCGUCACUCUGCAGAGACAGAUCUUGGCGCUACGUCUCCUGGCGGCAGUGUUGCCCUCGUGGGACAAGACGGAGCGAACCCAUGACAUGAAGUUCCUGGUGGAGAAACUGUUCAACUUCUUAGGAAUCCUCCUGAGCACCUGCUCCUCAGACCUGCCGCUCCUCAGAGAGGGUUCCCUGCGAAGGAGGAAGUCCCGCCCCCAGGCGUCUCUGACAGCCACUCACAGCAGCACCCUGGCGGAGGAGAUCGUUUCUGUCCUGAGAGCGCUGCACUACCUCGGCCAGUGGAACGGCAUGAUCAACGACUACAUCAACGCCCAGCUGAGCUCCAUCGGAGACGUCAUCGCUGGCUGCCAGUCUGAAGCUUGUUUCCUGGAGGAGUUCUUCCCUGAUCCUGACGGUCCUCGUGUCGGCUGUCUGAUGGCGGUGAUGGCGGUCAUCGGAGGGAUCGACGGGCGCCUCCGGCUCGGAGGACAGGUCGUCCACGAGGAGUACGGAGAGGGAACGGUCACUCGCAUCACCCCAAAAGGACGCAUCACCGUACAGUUUUACGAGAUGAGGACCUGCAGGGUGUGCCUGCUCAGCCAUCUCAAACCGCUGCCUGCAGUUUGCUUCAGUGUGCAGAACCUCCCCUUCACGGAGCCCAUGCUGGCAGUCUGGGCUCAGCUGGUCAGCCUGGCAGGAAGCAAGCUGGAGAAACAACGCAUGAAGAAGUCGCUGAGCCGCGGCCUCACAGCCGACCAGGUGGACGUCCACCUGCUGCGCUGCCAGCAGCUGAGGCUCUACAUCCUGAAGGCCGGCCGGGCGCUGCUCUCUCAUCAGGACAAACUGCGACAAAUCCUCUCGCAGCCCGCCGUGCUGGACAUCGGACCAAACCCCAGCGAGGACCCCGUGGUGUUGUCCCCUGAUGUGGGGGAUCUGUCCCCCGAGGGGCCGCUGCCUCCCAUGAUCCUCCUGCAGCAGCUGCUGUCCGCUGCCACUCAGCCCUCCCCCAUCAAAGCCAUCUUCGACAGGCAAGAGAUGGAGGCUGCAGCUCUGGCGGUGUGUCAGUACCUGGCGGUGGAGUCGGCUCACCCCUCCUCCCCCCUGUUUGAGGAGAGCAGCUCCAGCGAGGCCACCACGCCGGUCACCGUGCAACACGUCCGCCCCCCUAAACAGAAGAAGCAGAAGACCUCCCCCGUGCCUCCCUUACCGAUAGUCCUCCAGCUCAUGGAGAUGGGCUUUGCACGCAAAAACAUCGAGUAUGCCUUAAAGUCUCUGUCGGGAACUACAGGAAGUGCCUCUGGCGUCCCAGGUGUGGAGGCUCUGGUGGGCUGGCUGCUGGACCACCCUGAGGUGCCCCAGGUGGAGCUGUCGGACGCAGACACCGUGUCGGACGAGUUCUCUGACGAGGAGGUGCUGGAGGAGCUGGAGGAGCCCGAGCCCGUCUUCACUGUGCCUCCAGGUGCAGUGGUGACUGAGAGCCAGACGUUCAAGAAGCGAUCAGAUUUCCAAAGCAACGAUGACUACGCCGUGUACGUGAGAGAGAAUAUUCAGGUGGGGAUGAUGGUGAAGUGCUGCAGAACGUACGAGGAAGUGUACGAUGGAGACGUGGGGAAAGUGAUAAAGCUGGACAGAGACGGGCUUCAUGAUUUGAACGUGCAGUGUGACUGGCAACAGAAAGGAGGAACGUACUGGGUCAGAUACAUCCACAUCGAGCUGCUGGGAUUCCCACCACAAAGUUCUCCCUCCCACAUAAAGAUAGGUGACAAAGUGAGGGUGAAGCCCACCGUCACCACACCGAAGUACAAGUGGGGCUCCGUCACUCACAGGAGUGUUGGGGUUGUGAAAGCGUUCAGUGCCAAUGGGAAGGAUGUGAUCGUGGACUUCCCUCAGCAGUCCCACUGGACCGGCCUGCUGGCGGAGAUGGAGCUGGUGCCCAGUGUUCACCCUGGAGUCAGGUGUGACGGCUGCCAGAUGUUUCCUAUAAACGGCCCCAGGUUCAAAUGCAGGAACUGCGACGACUUCGACUUCUGUGAAAACUGCUUUAAGACCCGCAAACACAACACCAGGCAUUCCUUCGGCAGAAUCAACGAGCCAGGCCAGUCUCCAGGUUUCUGCGGCCGCUCAGGGAAGCAGCUGAAGAAGCAUCACAACAGCCAGCGCGGGAUGCUGAUCGAUGAUUGGUCGCGAGCUGUGAAGAGCCUGAACGUCUCGUCCUCCGUGAACCAGGUCUCGCGCCUCAUCGACAGCAUCGAUCAGUGCUGGCAGUCCUCCGGAUCGCAGGGAAAGCACUGGAUCCGUAUGGAGCUGUUUCCAGAUGUUCUGGUGCACAGGCUGAAGAUGGUGGUGGAUCCAGCGGACAGCAGCUACAUGCCCUCACUGGUGGUGGUGUCAGGUGGAAGCUCUUUGAACAACCUAAUUGAGCUGAAGACGAUUAACAUCAAUCCCACAGACACCACCAUCCUGGUCCUGAGUGACUGCACUGAGUAUCACAGAUACAUCGAGGUCGCCAUCAAGCAGUGCCGCAGCUCGGGGAUCGACUGUAAGAUCCACAGCCUCGGCAUCGUGGGACGCAUCAGAGCGGAGGAUGAAGACCUGGCCACCGUGCCCUUCCUCGCAUCGGACAACGAAGAGGAGGACGAUGACAAAACUGCUACCGGGAGUCUUGCUCGUAAGAAGUCCUCUGGUCUGGACUCAGCAGCCACCAUCAGGACCAAAGUGUUCGUCUGGGGUCUGAACGACAAGGACCAGCUGGGAGGACUCAAAGGCUCCAAGAUCAAGGUUCCUUCCUUCUCUGAAACUCUCUCUGCUCUCAAUGUGGUUCAAGUGGCCGGUGGCUCCAAAAGCCUCUUUGCAGUGACAGUGGAGGGGAAGAUCUACGCCUGUGGAGAGGCCACUAACGGCCGGUUGGGCCUGGGUCUCUCCAGCGGGACCAUCCCAAUCCCCCGCCAGAUCACUGCACUCAGUAACUACGUGGUGAAGAAAGUCGCAGUGCAUUCUGGGGGACGGCACGCCAUGGCGCUGACCGUGGACGGGAAGGUGUUCUCGUGGGGAGAGGGAGACGACGGCAAGCUGGGACACUUCAGCAGAAUGAACUGUGACAAGCCUCGGUUGAUCGAGGCUCUGAAGACGAAGCGUAUCCGGGACAUCGCCUGUGGCAGCUCGCACAGCGCCGCCAUCACCUCCAGCGGGGAGCUGUACAGCUGGGGCCUCGGGGAGUACGGCCGCCUCGGACACGGAGACAACACCACGCAGCUCAGGCCCAAACUGGUGAAAGUGCUUCUGGGACACCGAGUUAUCCAGGUGGCUUGUGGGAGCCGGGACGCUCAAACUCUGGCCCUCACUGAUGAAGGCUUGGUGUUCUCCUGGGGGGACGGGGACUUUGGGAAGCUGGGUCGUGGAGGCAGUGAAGGCUGCAACAUCCCCCAGAACAUCGAGAGGCUGAACGGACAGGCGGUCUGUCAGAUCGAGUGUGGAGCUCAGUUCUCUCUGGCACUCACCAAAUCUGGAGUGGUGUGGACCUGGGGCAAAGGCGACUAUUUCCGCCUGGGCCACGGCACCGAUGUCCACGUGCGAAAGCCUCAGAUGGUGGAGGGACUGCGGGGGAAAAAGAUUGUCCACGUGGCGGUGGGAGCGCUGCACUGUUUGGCCGUUACAGAAACAGGACAGGUGUUUGCGUGGGGAGAUAACGACCACGGGCAGCAGGGGAACGGCACCACCACGGUGAACAGGAAGCCCACCCUGGUGCAGGGUCUGGAGGGGCAGAAGAUCACCCGGGUGGCCUGUGGCUCCUCCCACAGCGUGGCCUGGACCACCGUGGACGUGACCACGCCCUCCGUGCACGAGCCCGUCCUCUUCCAGACCGCCCGGGACUCGCUCGGAGCUUCUUACUUAGGCGUCCAGUCUGACAGUGACUCAGCAGCAGUGAACAACAAGCUGAGCGGGCAGAGCAGCGUGAAGCCCAACCGCCCGUCGCUUGCCAAGAUCCUGCUCAGUCUGGACGGAAACCCGGCCAAGCAGCAGGCUCUGUCCCACGUUCUGUCAGCGCUGCAGAUCAUGUAUGCUCGGGAUGCAGUGGUUGGAGCUCUGAUGCCGGCCAGCAUGAUCCUGCCUGCAGAGGUUCCCGCCAGCUCCCCUCUCCCCCCCUUUGACUCCUCCUCCUCCUCCAGCGUCAGCGAUGAAGAGGGGCCUCCGGUCCUUCCUGAAGCCGAGGAGAGGCUCAGCCCCAACCCCUGGCAGGACAAGAAGGGAGAGGCUCCCUCCUCAGAAGAUGCUCUCACCCCCUCCUCAGGUAUAACCCCGUCUGCCUCCGGCGGUUCCUCUCGUCCCUUCAUCCCCGUCACUGAUGACCCCGGAGCCGCCAGCAUCAUCGCUGAAACCAUGACUAAGACCAAAGAGGACUCGGAGAGCCAUAGUAAGGUUGUGGGUCCGGAGCCUCAGUACCUGGAUGAGUUCACCAGUCUGCUCGUUCCCGAUGAUACCCGUGUGAUGGUGGACCUGCUGAAGCUGGCGGUGUCCUGCCGCUCCGGAGAGAAAGGGAAGGAGGUGCUGUCCGCCGUGCUGUCAGGCAUGGGAACAGCUUACCCUCAGGUGGCGGACAUGCUGCUGGAGUUGUGUGUCACAGAGUUGGAGGACGUGGCGACGGACUCUCAGAGCGGCCGUCUGUCCUCUCAGCCCAUCGUGGUGGAGAGCAUCCACCCGUACACCGACGACACCUCCACCAGCGGCACCGUGAAGAUCCCAGGUGCUGAGGGUCUGAGGAUCGAGUUCGACCGCCAAUGUUCGACGGAGCGACGCCACGACCCGCUGACCAUCAUGGACGGAGCCAACAGGAUCGUAUCCGUCCGAUCAGGGCGGGAGUGGUCCGACUGGUCCAGUGAGUUGAGGAUCCCGGGGGAUGAACUCAAAUGGAAGUUCACCAGCGAUGGCUCAGUUAACGGAUGGGGAUGGCGCUUCACUGUGUAUCCCAUUAUGCCUGCUGCUGGUCCCAAAGACCUCCUCUCAGACCGCUGCAUCCUGUCCUGCCCCUCCAUGGAUCUGGUCACAUGUCUGCUGGACUUCAGGCUCAACUUCGCCUCCAACCGGAGCAUCGUGCCGCGCCUCGCCGCCUCCCUGGCUGCCUGCGCUCAGCUCAGUGCACUAGCUGCCGGCCACAGGAUGUGGGCUCUGCAGAGACUGAGGAAGCUUCUGACCACAGAGUACGGUCAGUCCAUCAACAUCAACCGACUGCUGGGAUACACCGAGGGCGAGGCGCGCUCUAUGAGUUUCACAGGCAGUGCGCUGGCCGCCUUAGUGAAGGGGCUUCCAGAGGCUCUGCAGAGGCAGUACGAGUACGAGGACCCCAUCGUCAGGGGAGGAAAGCAGCUGCUUCACAGUCCAUUUUUCAAGGUGUUGGUUGCUCUUGCCUGCGACCUGGAGCUGGACACGUUGCCCUGCUGCGCUGAGACCCAUAAGUGGGCCUGGUUCCGCCGGUACUGCACCGCCUCCAGAGUGGCUGUGGCUCUGGACAAGAGGAACUCUCAGCCCAGAGCCUUCCUGGAUGAAGUCACAAAGAAGAUCCGAGAGCUUAUGGCCGACCACGAGAUCAUGAACAGCCUCCACGAGAGUCACGACUUGUUCAAGCGCGAGCACGACGAGCAGCUCGUUCAGUGGAUGAACCGGCGACCGGACGACUGGACGCUGUCGGCCGGGGGCAGCGGCACCAUCUACGGCUGGGGCCACAACCACAGGGGCCAGCUGGGGGGCAUCGAGGGGGCGAAGGUCAAAGUUCCCACGCCCACUGAAGCCCUCGCCACACUGAGGCCGGUGCAGCUGAUCGGGGGGGAGCAGACGCUGUUCGCCGUCACUGCAGAUGGAAAGCUGUACGCAACAGGAUACGGGGCGGGGGGCCGGUUGGGCAUCGGGGGCACAGAGUCCGUCUCCACCCCCACGCUGCUGGAGUCCAUCCAGCACGUCUACAUCAGGAAGGUGGCCGUCAACUCCGGAGGGAAGCACUGCCUGGCGCUGUCCUCCGAGGGGGAGGUGUACUCCUGGGGAGAGGCGGAGGACGGGAAGCUGGGCCAUGGGAACAGAAGCCCGUGUGACCGCCCUCGUGUGAUCGAGUCCCUGCGGGGGGUGGAGGUGGUGGAUAUCGCAGCCGGGGGGGCUCACAGCGCCUGCAUCACGGCCAGCGGAGAGCUCUUCACCUGGGGCAAGGGUCGCUACGGGCGCCUGGGGCACGGAGACAGCGAGGACCAGCUCAAACCCAAACUGGUUGACGCUCUGCAGGGUCACCGGGUGAUCGAUGUUGCCUGUGGCAGCGGAGACGCUCAGACUCUGUGUCUCACAGACGACGACAUGGUCUGGUCCUGGGGGGACGGGGACUACGGCAAACUGGGCCGGGGGGGCAGCGACGGCUGUAAAAUCCCCAUGAAGAUCGACUCUCUGACCGGCCUCGGCGUAGUCAAAGUGGAAUGUGGCUCUCAGUUCUCUGUGGCGCUCACCAAGUCUGGAGCCGUGUACACAUGGGGGAAGGGGGACUACCACCGCCUCGGACACGGCUCUGAUGAUCACGUGCGACGGCCCCGACAGGUUCAGGGUCUUCAGGGAAAGAAAGUGAUCGCCAUCGCCACGGGGUCGCUGCACUGCGUCUGCUGCACGGAGGAUGGAGAAGUGUACACGUGGGGCGAUAACGACGAGGGCCAGCUUGGAGACGGCACCACGAACGCCAUCCAGAGGCCUCGGCUGGUGGCGGCGCUGCAGGGGAAGAAGAUCAACCGAGUGGCCUGUGGCUCCGCCCACACGCUCGCCUGGUCCACCAGCAAGCCCACCAACGCCGGGAAACUGCCCGCACAGGUUCCCAUGGAGUACAACCACCUGCAGGAGAUCCCCAUCAUGGCGCUGAGGAACCGGCUGCUGCUCCUUCAUCACAUCUCAGAGCUCUUCUGCCCCUGCAUCCCCAUGUUCGACCUGGAGGGCCGGCUGGGCCAGACGGGACACGGACCCUCGGUGGGCUUCGACACGCUGAGGGGAAUCCUCAUCUCCCAGGGCAAGGAAGCAGCAUUCAGGAAGGUGGUUCAGGCCACGAUGGUGAGGGACCGGCAGCACGGCCCUGUGGUGGAGCUCAACAGGAUACAGGUGAAGCGCUCCCGCAGUAAAGGCGGUCUUGCUGGUCCUGAUGGCACUAAGUCAGUGUUUGGUCAGAUGUGUUCUAAGAUGAGUUCCUUCAGUCCCGACAGCCUGCUGCUGCCUCACAGGGUGUGGAAGGUCAAGUUUGUGGGUGAGUCUGUGGACGACUGUGGGGGGGGUUACAGUGAGUCGAUCGCUGAGAUGUGUGAGGAGCUGCAGAACGCUCUGACGCCGCUCCUCAUCGUCACUCCCAACGGCCGCGACGAGUCGGGCGCCAACAGAGACUGCUUCCUGCUCAACCCGGCUGCCAAGUCCGCGCUGCACAUGAGCAUGUUCCGCUUCCUGGGAGUGGUGCUGGGCAUCGCUAUCCGGACAGGAAGUCCUCUCAGUCUGAACCUGGCCGAGCCCGUCUGGAAGCAGAUGGCCGGCAUGAACCUGACCAUCGCUGACCUCAGUGAGGUUGAUAAGGAUUUUAUUCCCGGCCUGAUGUACAUCCGGGACAACGAGGCGACGACGGAGGAGUUCGAGGCGAUGUCGCUCCCGUUCACCGUCCCCAACGCCAGCGGGCAGGACAUCCAGCUCAGCUCCAAGUUCUCCCACAUCACGCUGGAGAACCGAGCCGAGUACGUCCGUCUGGCCAUCAACUACCGGCUCCAUGAGUUCGAUGAGCAGGUGUCUGCAGUUCGUGAAGGAAUGGCUCGAGUCGUUCCCGUUCCCCUACUGUCGCUUUUCACCGGAUACGAGCUGGAAACCAUGGUGUGUGGGAGCCCCGACAUCCCCCUGCACCUGCUGAAGUCGGUGGCCACCUAUAAGGGGGUGGAGCCCACCUCCUCCCUCAUCCAGUGGUUCUGGGAUGUGAUGGAGUCGUUCUCCAACACCGAGCGCUCGCUCUUCCUGCGCUUCGUCUGGGGGCGAACCCGUCUGCCGCGCACCAUCGCCGACUUCAGGGGGCGGGACUUCGUGGUGCAGGUGCUGGAUAAAUACAACCCCCCCGACCACUUCCUGCCCGAGUCCUACACCUGCUUCUUCCUGCUGAAGCUGCCCCGGUACUCGUGCAAACAGGUGCUGGAGGAGAAGCUGAAGUACGCCAUCCACUUCUGCAAAUCCAUCGACACCGACGACUACGCCCGCAUCGCGCUGUCCGGAGAGCCGGCGGCCGACGACAGCAGCGAGGACUCGGACAACGAGGACGCCGACUCCUUCGCCUCGGACUCCACACAGGACUACCUGACGGGACACUGA